AUGGGGGAAGCGAGGAAACCGCAAAUGGGUGACAAUGGCGGCGGGGCCUGGUGUAACUAUGCAGAGCGGUAGCCCUGCGAGGGAACUUUCUCUCUCGAUUCAGCAAGGAGGGAAUCAGGCUCAUGGAGAGCGGAUCAAACCCGAAGAGGUCACAGAGACAGAGAAGCAGAGUCGCAUGGCUGCUUUGCUGGAGAGGCUUCAUGCCAAACACAAUGCUUCCCGGCCAUGGCAGGAGACCUGCAAGGUUGUGCGUCAGGCCAUGGAGAAACGCGGUGUGAUUAAUGCUGCGGGUCACCAGCUCUUGCUCACCUGCUUGGAGACUCUGCAAAGAGCGUUGAAAGUCUCAUCUCUGCCCUCCAUGACAGAUCGUCUGGAAUCCAUCGCUCGGCAACACAUGCUGGGCUCUCACCUCAGCCCAUCAGGUACCGAGUGUUACAUCACAUCAGACAUGUUUUAUGUAGAGGUGCAGCUGGACACCAGUGGCCAGCUAGUGGACGUCAAAGUGGCUCAUCAGGGAGAAAACCCUACGAGUUGUCCUGAGCUGAUUCAGCAUCUAAGGGAGAAGAACUUUGAAGAGUUUUCCAAACAUCUGAAGGGACUGGUCGACCUAUACAAGCUCCCUGGGGACAAUAAGCUGAAAACUAAGAUGUAUAUAGCACUGCAGUCUUUGGAGCUUGAUCUCACCAAGAUGAUGCACAUGUUUAGGUUAGCAACCAAUGCUAAUACAGUGGAGACUAUUCUUCAUGGCAGUGUGGGCUUACUGACAGCCAGGAGUGGUGGCCAUCUUGUUUCUCUUCAGUGUUACGUGUCCCCUUAUGACAUUUUUGAGGAAGGAAUGGGCACACAGCUCAACUUAACAGACAGCAAUGUUCCACACUCUCUGGGUGUCAGUGUUUCUGUGACAAUCGAGGGAACCUCCGCUAUCUACAAGCUCCCAAUCGCUCCACUCAUCACAGGAUCCCACCCAGUGGACAACAAGGGGACACCUUCCUUUUCCUCUGUGACCAACUCCAACUGUGUGGACCUGCCAGCUUGUUUUUUCCUCAAGAUGAACCGCCCCAUGCCUUUUUCACUGUCCUUUAUUCAGAGGAUGGGCAAUGCUACUUCAAUCCCCGUGUUUGAGAGCCCCCCGAGCCUGUCACCUCUCUACCAGUUAAUUGUCCAGAGCCAGCGCCAGCACCUGGAGGAGGGCAGCUCCACGCUGCAGCCCUCACACAACAUGCACUUCUACUCUGUGUUGCCAGAUCAGCAGCACUGUUACUUCAUGAAUGGCGAUGCCCCGGUGCAAGAUGGUCAUUCUCUUCAAGGAGCACUGGUGUCCAAGAUCCCCUUCCGCCACCCAGCACAAGUGCCACUCCUGUUGGAUAUCAUCCGGCACCAGGCAGCCUAUAACACCUUGAUUGGCAGCUGUGUGAAACAAACUUCCAUCAAAGAAGACAGUGCAGGCCUGCUGCAGUUUGAAGUAUGUCCUCUUACUGACUCGAGUUUUAGCGUCUCUUUCCAGCAUCCAGUCAAUGAGUCAUUAGUCUGUGUGGUAAUGGAGGUAAUUGACUCCAGACAGGUAUCCUGCAAGCUAUAUAAAGGCCUUUCAGAUGCUCUGAUCUGCACAGAUGAAUUCAUCACCAAAGUGGUCCAGAGAUGCAUGUCCAUCCCUGUAACCAUGCGGGCCAUUCGGAGGAAAGCAGAGACCAUCCAGGCAGACACUCCAGCGCUCUCACUAAUUGCACAGACAGUGGAGAUCAUGGUAAAGAAUAACCUGCCACCUUCCGGUAGUCCCACCUACAACAUGGCAGCAGGUGAUGGAACUAACCCUAUGGGACUGCCUGGGCUCACAGGGGGCAACACACCUACUGGAGGAGGACCCCCUGGGGGGCCUAAUUUUACAGGUCCCAUUACUUCUCUGUUUGGGAUUUCACGAACGGAGAGGCAAGGCCAAGGAGAAUGCCCAACCCAAGGAGGGGUGGCUGGCCAGCAACAGUUGCAACAACAACAGCCCGGGCAAGCCCAUGCAGAUGACUACAAUAAAGUCACCCAGAAUCCCAUACUAACAAGUCUAUUACAGAUAACUGGAAGUGUAGGUUCUAGCCCAAGCUCCCAGAAUGCACCACAGCCCCACCAAACUCCACCCCCAACAUCCUCCCCUGCCAGCAACACCAAGAAUCAUCCUAUGUUGAUGAACUUGUUGAAAGACAACCCCACACAAGAUUUCGCCGCACUGUAUGGUUCUAGUCCAUUAGAAAGGCAGAAUUCUUCAUCUGGCUCCCCACGGACAGAUAGCAUGGGUGGAACCUGCCCUGGAGGUAACUUGAAAGGGAAGAAGAAGCGCCCACGGGGGACAGAAAAGGGUGGCAUGUUGCCCGGAACUGCUCCAGGUGGUGGAAGUGUUGGUUUAGGCCUGAAAUCACAAGGGUCCAUGUCACAGCACCAUCCAGUCACACAUGAGGAUGACUUCCACCGUGAGCUCCUCUCUAUGGAUGUGGAUGCAUCUCAGAAUUCUAUCUUUGAUGUUAACCUGACUGGUGAUGGCCUAGACACACCCCACAGCAUCACUCCGGCACCUAGCCAAUGUGGAACGCCUCCCUCUGGCCCCAGCAUGCCUUAUGCACAGUCUCAUGUCCAGUCUCAGCAACAGCAACCACCAGGUACUGUACCACCUCGUAUAGUCCGUCUCUCUAGCUCUGAUAGCAUUGGACCUGAUAUCACAGAAAUCUUGUCAGAUUUGCCUGAGCAGACAGGCAAAGGCACCUGUGGGAGCCAUGGACAGCACCCCAUGGGCAGUGGUGGGGAGGAUGGAGGCCCACUAGGUACACCCAUCCGUGACUCCUCUAGCUCAGGUCAGGGCAGUGCAGUGUUUGACUCUGCAGACAUUUUCAAUACCAACAGUAAUGAGAAUCCUUUUACUGAUGCUGCUGACCUGAUUGCUGAGGCUGCUGCAACUGCCGCAACUCCCACCAGCGAUUCUUCUUCCACCAACUUCUUCCCUGAUGCUGCUGACUUCAACCCUGACCUCCUGACCUCAGGCCAUGGCUACUUUGAUGACAGUUCUCCAAGUGCCGAUGGAGACAUGGACCUGGUCAAGGGAUUUGGGGGAAGUAGCCAGCAGAAUACCCCGUCAGGAACACCUCAGAAUCCCACUCCACAUGGGCAGGGCACCCCAGAGCCCUCACUGAAGGACCCUUUUGAUAUAGGGAUAGUUUUUGGAGGCAGUAGUGGUGGUGGUAAACCGCUUCUGGGGCAAGCUCCUGAUUUGGGAGACACACAUGGCGGAGGGUCCCAGAGCCCCCUUAUAAUGGGCCUCGGAGCAGCAUGUGGUGACUUUAAAAGUGCAGAACCCAAAGUUAAACAGCAGCAGGGACUCAUGCGGCCAAAGGAUGAGAAUGGAGGUAGUGGAGGGAGCAGUUCUGGGAUGGGGAUGGGGAGCAGUUUAACAGAGGGCAAACAGGUCAAACGUAGCAGGACCCCAUCCAGUGAGGGAAAAUCUAAAGAAAAGCCUCCCAAACGCAAAAAACUAGAUCCCGAUGGGAAGUCCCCGUCUCAUAGCUCAGGGGCCCGACCAUAUACGCCUCCUAGUGGUGGCUCAGGCUCUGGGGGAAGCAUAAGUGGAGGAGGCUCCAAGUCUCCUGGUAGUUCAGGACGCUCCCAAACUCCUCCCGGUGGGGCAACACCUCCAAUUCCCAAAAUCACAAUUCAGAUUGCAAAAGGGACCAUAACUGGGGGGAAAACGUCGUCCCAUAGUGGAUACACCUCCAGCAGCUCCGCUACAACCAGCACAGGAGGAGCAGGGGGAACAAGUAGCAGCAAAAGCCAUCAUUCUCACUCAUCUUCCUCUGGGAAGAUAAAGUCCAAGGAAAGCUCCGCGACACAAGGCAACAGCUCCAAGCCAGGGAGUGCUGGAAUAGGCGGUGGAGGUGGGCCAUCGCAGUCUAAAGGCCCCUCCCAAGUAAUGGGUGUUGGCAAACCAGGAUCUUCCCCAAUCACCAAGCAUGGGAUGUCAGGUCCUGGAGGAAGUGGGGGUGGAAUUGGAAGUAGUAAUAAAAUUAAGCCUCAGGGGGGCAAACCUCCUGGGUCUCUUAUGAAUCCCAACAUAAAGCCCAACAUCUCCCCUUCUCACUCGCGCUCCAGUAGCUCUGGUGACAAAUUGUCCUCCCCUAUGAAAAUGCAGCAGUCCCAGGUUCCGGGAACACCACCUUCUUCCAAGGCUAAAUCGCCAAUGGGCUCAGGAGGUGGCAGCUCUGGGACCAAGUCUUCUUCUGGUGGAGGCAUGAGCUCUCAAAAGCCAAUGGGUGGGAGCGCCUCCUCUGGUUCUUCCUCAUCUUCCAGCUCCUCGUCCUCUGGUUCCAUGACCUUCUCAGGAGGCUCCCAGUCUCAGUAUGGGGGAGGGGGAGGAGGGGCAGGCGGAGGAAGUGGAGGCGGUGGUGGAGGGGGAGGAAGUGGGGGUCAGAACAAUGCAAAUAACCCCAACGCCAAAGGGAAGUCUCCCAGUCGAAACAAGAAACCCUCUCUUACGGCAGUCAUAGACAAACUGAAGAGUGUAGGUGGAGGAGGAGUGGGGGAGGAUGGUUGUGAAGUAGGGCCACCAGUAGGGGGACCUGGUUCAGGAUCUGCUCCCGGUGGUGGUGGUUCUGGAAAUGCACCCAGCAGUGGAACAUCAAACAUGGGUACCAAGCAUGCCUCUUCCUCCCAAAGCGGCGAGUAUAAGCGGGAUAAGUCUGAUAAAGAGGCUAAGGCAAAAGUGUCUGUUUCAGUUGGGAACAGUGGGGAUAAAAAGCUGAUGGAUCCAAAAACAGGAGGAGCGAGUGCGACUGGUCUGGCAAAAAUUAUCAUAAGCAAACCUGAUGGUGGCUCACCAAGUAUCAAGGCCAAAGUGACCCUUCAGAAAGCAGGGGAAGGAUCUGGUGACUCUAUGCGUCCCCAAAUUUCUAGCCUCAAAGCUUCCCCCCUCUUCAGUGGCUCUACUCCCAAGCAUGACCGCUCCUCCCCGAGCCACAGCCGCUCUCCAGGAUACACCCCACUCAACCACGACAGUGAGAGCGAGUCAGGCAGCAGCUCAGUGGCCGAGAAGUCCCACCAGAACAGCCCCAGCUCAGAUGACGACCAGACCAUUCGUCCACUUCCCCCCCAGGACUACAUGAGCUCCAUUCCCCUCAGUUCAGGGGAGAAGCACAAGAAACACAAGAAGGAAAAGAAGAAGCAGAAAGAGAGGGAGCGGGAGAGGGACAGAGACCGAGAACGGGAAAGGGACAAAGAGAAAAAGAAGUCCUCUAUGUCUAUGGGGCCAUCCUCGCAUCCAAUAAAAGCAGACAGUUGGUCCCGGUCACCCAUCUCAGCUUCAGAUUCAUCUUUGUCCAUGCUGGGUUCAGAGCGCCCAUCCCGGCCCAGUCCAAUGUAUAUGAGAAAUGAAGAUGAUGACCUCAUGGACUCAGCCCUCACUGGUAACCUUUAAGUUUUCUCAUACUCUUUUAACACAUGCCUUUUAAUAUACAAAUGAAACUUCUAUUUAUUUAACUCAAGCCACAAAUUUGAACUGGACACAAGAAUAUUGUGGUUCUCUGAGUGAUCAUUGUCCUGUUAAAGAUGUAUUUUAAUGUCAUAUUUACUGCUUGGGUAUCAGCGUGUUAUGUCCAGGUACUGAGAUGCAAACAUGAGAUGUCAUCCAAAUCCACCCCAGAAUACAAACGUUCUUAAUUUUCAUUAAGGAAAUGGCUUUAUACAGUAUAUUUUCAUAGAAAUUUACAUUUUUCUUUCCUGUGAUGUCAGAAUGUGUUCACUGUCAGUAAAUGUAAAUUUCAUCUUCUUUUCACAUGUAAUACAUUUGCUGCUGUUUGUAUGUCAUUGUUAAAAACAUACCAGAUUGCCACUAUACUGUAUAUUGUCAAAAUAAGUAUGACAUCUGUUAAAAAAAACAAAACAAAGUAUUGUAAAGCAAGAAGGCUACAGUGUUCAGUUGCCUUGUUUUUCGAGAUCAAAGUGGGAAUUUUUAGAUUUUGAUACAAUUUAAACUGAUGUGUAAAUUAGUGUAGAUAAAGAAGAGUGAUGAUGGAAGAAAAAGUGACAUGCUGAUAAUUUUUUAAUUGUAGAAGUUUGUUGAAGCUUGAAUUAAACAUUUCACUUCUGGAGAAAAUAUCCCUGUCACAUUUCUGUAUUUUAGGUUAAUGUCAGGCAAGAUAAAAGGGCAAGAUCAGUAGAAAGACGGUAGCAGUGUAUCUCUUUAAGUCAGUGGUGGAAGAAGUAUUCAGAUCCUUUACUUAAGUAAAAGUAUGUAGGCCUAAGUGUUAUCAGCAAAAUGUACUUAAAGAAUCGAAAGUAAAGGGCCCUAUCAGUGUUUUAUAUGGUGUUUUUGGAUUAUUACUGCUGCAUUAAUUAUUACUGCUGUAGUUGUUUAAGGUUUGUUAAUUUUAACUACUUUAUAUACUGUUGGGUAGUUUUAUCUACAGCAAUGCAUUAUAUUCAUUAUCAUAUACACAUUGAAUAGAUGUACUUAGUUGCAUUCCAUUGCAUAUAGUAACAUCUACUUUCCAUAUCAAGUAAAAGUAAUAAUCUGUAAAUAUAUUUAAUGAUUAUACAUUGUUGAUCAUGUCACUUCCUAACUUGCAUUUUGAAGGAAUGGAUAGAGAUGUGAAGUAAAUACAUUUUUUGCUGA